AUGUAUUUUCAGAAAUGUUCCAGUAGUUUUAGUGAAGAUAAACUAUAUGACAAUUAUGGAGCUUGCGCGGCGGGAGCAGCCCAGCGCCCAGGGAGCGCGGCUUCGGAAGGCUCCCGCGCGCUGCAGCCCACAGCACCCGCAGCGCCCGCAGCGCCCUGCCGGACGGGUCAGUUCGGCCCAAGAGGAGGGUCAGUUCGGCCCAAGAGGAGGGUCAGUUGGGCCCAAGGCGCAGUGAGAGAGGAGCCCAAGCGGAGGUCGGGCCGCCUGGCGGCUAAGCCUGCUCCUGCCAAGGCGGAUGCCAAGCCCAGGAAGGCGGCGGGGGAGGAUAAAUCUUCCGACAAAAAAGUUCCAACAAAAGGGAAAAGGGGAGCAAAGGGAAAACAGGCUGAAGUGGCUAACCAAGAAACUACAGAAGAUUUACCCGCCGAAAAUGGAGAAAGUCCAGCCUCGGAUGAAGCAGAAGAGAAAGAAGCUCGGUUCCCUUCUUGUACAAUCCAGAGGAAUAUUUUUAUCAACUAUUUUGUAAAUGCAAGUUUUUAG